AUGUGUCAGUCUACAUUUAUUUGCUUUCAGAUGCGUGAAUUCAAAGUGGUUGUUUUGGGGAGCGGAGGUGUGGGUAAAUCUGCUCUUACCGUUCAGUUCGUCAGCAGUACUUUUAUUGAAAAGUACGACCCUACUAUAGAGGAUUUUUACAGAAAAGAAAUAGAGGUCGAUGGUCAACCCUGUGUGUUAGAAAUACUUGAUACUGCUGGAACCGAGCAGUUUUCAUCUAUGCGUGAUUUGUACAUCAAGAAUGGCCAGGGUUUCGUUGUAGUAUAUUCGAUAACGAGCCAGCAAACCUUCCAUGACAUCAAAACAAUGCGUGAACAAAUUGUGCGGGUUAAGGGAACAGAGCAAGUGCCCAUUCUCCUUGUUGGAAACAAAUGCGACCUGCAACACCAACGGCAAGUGAGGACAGACGAAGGUAUUGCUCUUGCUGAGUAUUGGUCAUGUCCUUUCACGGAAUGUUCUGCAAAGAAUAAUCACAACGUGAAUGUCACCUUUGCUGAAAUCGUCCGCGAGAUGAACUAUGUACAAAAUAAAGCCCGAGAAAAUAAAGGUUGCUGCUCGAUCAUGUGA